AUGGUUGAUCGUCGAUCAUGGGCAGAAAAUGAAGAUUAUGCAAUAAAAGAAUUAGUUAGUGUAUUUGGAGUUAAAAAGUGGUCAUUAAUAGCUUAAAAAAUGUCAGAAUAAUAUAAUAUAUCUAAUAGAACUGGAAAAUAAUGCCGUGAAAGAUGGCAUAAUCAUUUAGAUCCAUAAAUAAACAAAGAACAAUGGGCUGCAGAUGAAGAGAUGAUAAUUUUUAAAGCUCACAAAGAAUAUGGAAAUAAAUGGUCUGAAAUAGCGAAAUAUUUACCAGGAAGAACAGAUAAUUCAAUAAAAAAUCAUUUCUAUUCAACUUUAAGAAGAUCACUAAGAAGAAUAAAUAAAUUAUUAGGAGAUAAAAAUAGUACAGCUUAAGUAAAAGAGAUUAAGCCAGGUGUUUUAUCUAAAAUAUUUAUUUUAGCAGAAGAAAAUAUAAACUAAUUAAAAGAUGAAAAAAUAAAAAGCUUAACAAUUGCAUGCAAAGAGCUUCAAGAUGCUUUACUUGACUUUGCAAAUAAACCUAUAAAACGAAAUUCGAAAAAUGAUACUUAUAUAAUUUAAGAUUAAUUAUUUAAUAGUACAAAGUGA